AAGCUGAUUUAUCAAAAAACGAACCGCAAAUAAGAGCUGAUGAAUGCGAAGCAUUGGAGAAGGGCUUUUAUGCACAACCGAAGGAUCCUUAUAACUCGUUCCGCCGAUUAGCAGAAUUUAUAGAAGCGAUGGGUAGGAAAUGGCAACCUGUCAACUUUAUGUGUCCAGUCAGCGCCAUCGUUCAAUCAAGUGGUGUCGGAAAAUCGCGAAGUAUCAAAGAACUCGCCAACAACAAGUUUGUUAUUCACCUUUGCUUGCGUGGAAAGAGUGAUGGUUUUCCCUUACGUUCUUUCAAAAUUGCUGACUUGAUACUGAAGGAGCCAGAGACAGAUUACCCUCGCUAUGAAGCUCUCUCACGUUUUGUUGCUUAUAUAUGUGCUUGUUACGAAGAAUUGGUAGGAUUUCUCAACAAAGUGAAAGGUGAAGAAAUGGAAAGCAUUUUCCACAAAUGGUAUCAUCAGCAGAUUACCACAGAUGAGACAGAUGAUAGACGGCUUGGUGGUAAAACCUUUUGGGGGCGUAUCUCCGAUAGGAUGUUAGCUAUACAGAAGGAAUUUUUAGCACCGAUAGGAAGUAGUUCUGAUUCAGCAUUUGCUAAGAGCCUCAAGACAAAAAUUAAUGGUGUUAUCAAAAAAUUGGAGGAACAGCUUGAAAUGUUUCAUUACUUACGAGAAGGUGAUGUCUCCAUCAUAUUCGCAAUUGAUGAAGCACGAUCGUUAACAGUUCCAAAUGAAAGGCUUGGUAGCAAUUCUCUGUAUCACUAUUUCCGUGUUGCAUCUGCCACAAUACCUGGAUACGAUCUAAAUAUGAAAGUCAAUACAUUUGUUCUUUUGCUGGACACUGUCUCAAAAAUAGCCAAUUUUCUGCCACCUUCAGUAUCUGAUCCAUCUUUUCGCUAUGUCACCAAAUCUACCAAUUUGUACCCGCCCUAUUGGACUAUUGAUCUAUGGGACGUGCUUUCAACUCCCCCCAAUGUUCAUUUGAUAAUUGAUGUCCACCAGAGAAAGGUCGAUGUGAACCUUUUGGAUGAUGAAGCACAACGUACAGCCGUAUUUAGAGCAGUAACAAGUGCAAAAUGCAAACUCAUGGGUGGCGUCAACUUCGAAGACAACAUUCAACAUAAUCCAAGAGAAAUAAUCAUUAGACAAAAUAUGGUUGCAUUAUGGUGUGUAAGAGUAAGUCUUUUGGUUAAGCCACAAGGCGAACUGGCUAAACCGCUUGUAGCUGAGGCAGCGGCGCGAAUCAUUAAUCAUCACAAGAUCAAAUUCGAGGAAACAAUUGAACCACUUCUUGGUUUUAUUCGAGAAGGGAUAGUAGAACCAGGACCGAAGGGAGAGCUUACUGUUCGCAUCCUACUAACAUUGGCUUGGGAUCAUGCAAUUCAUCAAGUGCAAAAACAUUUGCCUGAAUUCAUCUACACAUAUCCUUUAACGGUUAGACAGUACUUGACUGCAUUGAUGUCAGAUGUCAGUUAUCUCGAAGGUCAAAUUAAUUCUGAUAGUAUGGAACUUCUGUUGAGCGGCAUUGUAUUUUUUACACAUUUUAUAGUUGUGGCACAGUCUAUAACAAAGGAAGAUUUACGUCACUUCUUUUGUCGCGGUGCAGCAUUUCAAUGUCAACGUGGACAAAGUGCUAUAGAUCAUGGUAUUCCAGUUCUGCUGCCGAAUGGCAAGUUCACCUGCAUUUUAAUUCAAACGCGCAACUAUAGUGGAAGCGACCCUAAUGUUAUGUUUGCAAGUCUUGUAAUUACUCCCCAAACUGCAGGGUUGGAUAUGAAUCCGGAUUGGCCAUAUCUCGUUUUAUAUUUUACUUUAGGCUAUAAAAACGGUAUGAUUAAGAAUCUGAAGGUUGUGCAUGAUACUACUAGUGAUAAGGCUAAGAAAACCAAACGACAAGAGAUGCUAUCGAAAUCCCUUGCAAAUGAGGAUGCAGAAGUAGCAAAGAGCCGACUAGACAAGCAAAUCAUUGUAGGCUUGUUUGGUAUCACACCAGAUGUAUUUCCAUUUCUUAAUACAAGUGAGGAAGCAGAACUUCUUAAAAAACUAUCCAAAGCAUGGACUGAUCCGAUGUCAUUUGCCAAAGAAGAUGAGAAGGAAGUGAUAAAACGCAUGAUGCCACUUGUGUGGAGAGACAAGCGCAUGAAAAAAGAUGAGUGUGAAGAAGAUUUGUGA